UUGAAACGCGGCCAGUGACUCGCUGAAACUAACUCUCUCUCUCGCUCUACAACGGCUGAGUGAAAGUUGGAAAUCCCGCUGGCAUUAUCGUUUCUUGUCGCUUCACAUGUUACGGGAAAAGCCUGUUUAAAUCCCCAGCACGGAGUUUACUCAUCACUGUUGUCUCGGUAUUUUUUUUAUAAACAAGGACCGUUGAAGGAUUUGAGGCGGAAGUUCUGGACAGGUAUGAUCGUUUGAGCAGUCGGAGUGAGGAAUGCUGUCCUGAGAAGAGCUUUACGCCAGAAACGGCUUUGUACAGACAUGCCCAGACACAAUAUGGAUACACAGAGGAGCCAGUGGGAGCCUGUCCAAAGAUCCCCGUGGAUCAUGCGAGUGGCUGUGGAGCAAAGCCCCGCCUCUUCGGGGGCGGAGUCAGACACAGAGGGCAGCAGCACAGAGAGCGAACAGUAUCGGGUCAAACAAGUAGACGGAGACUCAGCAAAGCACCUGAUGUCACCCUCGCUGCUGCAGCAGCGCAUCACAGAGCUCGACCAGCAGAGGGAGGAGCUGAAAAUAGAGCUGCAGCUGGAGGUCGCCCUGCUGCGAGGGGAACUGCAAGCAGAGCAGGAGCGACUGUGCAGAUACACAGAUCAGCUGCAGGUGUUGCAAGAGAAGGACAGUCAAAGAAAGAGUCAGCGCUUGGCCAACAGACAGAAGGAGCGUGUUAAGCUGGAGGAGCAGCGUCUUAAGGUGGAGAAGAUGAAGAGGAAGUGUGAGGAGAUGGAGAAACAGAUUCCUUCACAGCCAGAAGACCAGCGGGAGCAGAUGCUGCUUCGGCUGCAACAGGACAAAGAUGCGCUGGAAGCCACAGUGCGAACAUUUGAAGACAUGGAGUUUCACAUUCUUGAACUGGAAAGUGGAGUAGAAGAUGAGCGAGAAGGAGAGAACGGAGAGAGCGAAACGGUCAUAGAACGAGAGAUAACCAGAGUACAGCACACACGUAACACAUCUCAGGAACGAGUCCAGCAACUAGAAAACCAACUGAAGGAAAUGGAACAAGAAAAGGAUAAAUCUUUGAAUUCCCUCAGGCAAGAGAGAAAAGAGCUGCUCCACAAGUCUCAGAGGAUUUUGAAAGAGAAGAAGCCGCUGACUGAUUGGUCCAACAUCACCGGAUCCACCCCCUGCAUGAUGUCACUCAGCCCUCUGACCAUUCACAAAGCAGCACAGGAAUCAUUGAAGGAGACGUCCAGUUUACCCCGCAGACGGAGCUCGCAUAGGAAAGUCUCAGAUAGACCUCUCUCUGCGCAAGUGUUGGUGCGAAUGACUCCAGACAGACAAACCUCAGAGGCUUUGUCACCUCGCCUUCCUCAUCCCACCCACAGACUGAGUAAUGGACAUUGUAAUGGGCUGAGAUCAGCGCAGAGCGAUGGGAACGGCUCUCACGCACCAUGCAACAGUGCCAACACCUCCCGCGCACCCAGCCCUCAGAGCCUCUUGGAUUUGGUUGAGAUCGAACGGAAACUCAGAGAGGCCAAAGCAGAGCGGGAACGUCUGCUGAAAGAGAGAGAGGAGCGUCAGCGGCUGUUGGCAGAGCAACACAGACAGAAGGAGCUGCAAUCUUUAAAAAUACAGAUGGAUGCAUCAAAACUAGAGCCACAUGCUGAGGAGCGGCUGCAAACGGACUCACCGCACAGGACACUGGAGCAGGGUGUCCCGCUUUCUCUGACGGCGAACUUUGACCUGCGCGCUCACGUGGAGUCUCUGGGUCACAACGUGACGGGGUGCAUGGGAGUUAAUUUGUCUCCCCGGCGGUGUGGCGGCUUUCUAACCAAGCGUGGAGGUCGAGUGAAGACGUGGAGGAGGAGGUGGUUUAUCUUUGAUCUGGACCACCAAAGACUGGCAUACUACACCGAGCUAGAUGAGAAGAAACUCAAAGGAGUCAUUUACUUUCAGGCCAUCGAGGAGGUUUAUUACGAUCAUCUACGAACAGCUACAACAUCUCCGCGGCCCAGUCUCACCUUCUGUGUGAAAACAUACGAGCGGCUCUUUUUCCUCGUGGCCCACAGCGCUGAAGCCAUGAGAAUCUGGAUGGACGUUAUUGUGACUGCGACAGAUGAACACAGUAGAUACUGAUGAACACAUGAUGAGACCUGUAGAUGAGAUCGCUCAGGGAUUUUAAUGGAUGCCACAACACAAGAUGAAAGUGAAAGUCAGCGGAGUGGACCGUAGGAGCAAAGGACACUGGUAUACGGUGUAUAAACACUCAUAAACAGGUGGUCAGUACUGAAAUUGACCUUCAGUAGGUUUGUGUUUUGCUGCCAUCUGCUGUUACACUAACAGAGCACAUCACACACCUCACUCGUGGAGGGUGAAUUUGUGUUAUGUUUCUUACACAUUAUUUAUUAUUGUUACAUAUUCAUUUUUGUCUUUUGAAAUUUUGGGGUAAAAAUCCUGCAAAGUGUUAAUAAACAUUUACAUUCCAAACAA